AUGAGCAAAGCCUACGAUAGGCUCGAGUGGGAUUUUAUUCAGCUGGUCCUUGAGAGGUUGGGUUUCCACCCUCAAUGGUUUUCUUGGAUAAUGGAAUGUGUUUCUUCUGUUACCUAUGCCUUCCUCAUCAACGGCUCGCCUAGAGGAAAGGUUAAACCGAGCCGAGGCAUCCGUCAAGGAGACCCUCUCUCACCCUACAUUUUCAUUCUUUGUAGCGAAGUGCUCUCGGGACUGUGUAACAGAGCUCAGGAAACAGGUCUCUUGACCGGCAUCCGGGUUGCUCGGGAUUGUCCCCAAGUGAACCAUCUCCUCUUUGCGGACGACACCAUGUUCUUUGCCAAGGCAAACAAAGACAAUGCCCUGGCGCUAAAAGAGAUUCUGCGCCAGUACGAGAUGGCCUCGGGCCAAUCAAUCAACACCAACAAGUCCUCUGUUACUUUCUCCAGGAAAGCCCCUAUCACGCUUAAAAAUAUGGUGAAAGACUGCUUACAAAUCCCGAAAGAAGGUGGUAUAGGUAAGUAUUUGGGGCUACCGGAACACUUUGGCCGGAAAAAACGAGACCUCUUUACGUCGAUUGUGGAAAGGAUAAAGACAAAGGCUAGCAGCUGGUCGAACAAAUAUUUAUCCACAGCUGGGAAGAUGGUGAUGUUGAAGAGUGUUCUCUCCCCCAUUCCAUCCCAUGCAAUGACUUGCUUUAAACUGCCCCGAUCGCUCUGUAAACGCAUUCAAUCAGCAGUGACCCGCUUCUGGUGGGAUGGAAGAAGUGGGAACAGGAAAAUGGCUUGGGUCUCUUGGGAUAAGAUGACAAGACCGAAACAACAGGGAGGCUUGGGUUUCCGAGAUUUUGAGAGCUUCAAUGACGCUUAUCUAGCGAAGUUGAGUUGGCGACUCCAUCACAACCCCUCGGGGCUUCUGUCCAGGGGCCUAACCGGGAAAUACUGCAGGGACACUUCUUUCUUACAAGUUGAGCACAGAGCCGCGGAAUCGCAUGGAUGGAGAGGAAUUUUAAUUGGCAGGGACCUCAUGAUGAGCAACGCGGGCUGGGCAAUUGGCAACGGUGAAAGCAUCAGCAUUUGGAAUGACCCCUGGCUCAGCCUCUCCUCACAAGCUCGCCCCAUGGGCCCAGCACCUGAGCAAUACGCCGAAUGGACCGUCAAACACCUUAUGCUGCCAAAUGGAACAGAGUGGGACAGAGCCAUCAUUCAGCGAGUGCUACCUCAGGAGGAAGAGAGGAUACUCAGCCUAAAGCCGAGCAAACUUGGAGCACCGGAUAAACUUAUAUGGCUCGGAACCAGCUCUGGUAUCUACUCAACAAAGACGGGCUACAUAAAGGCACUUGAGAGAAGCGAAGAGAAUCGCCAACCGAUUACGACAGUGGAUGUGGACUGGAUAAAAAACAUUUGGAAACUUCAAACUUCUCCUAAGAUCAAGCUCUUUCUCUGGAAAAUCUUCCAGGGGGCACUUCCGGUUGGAGAUCUCCUAGCGCUAAGAAACAUAGGUCCUGCUCAAACGUGCCCAAGAUGUGAUACAGUUGAAUCUAUCAACCACCUGUUCCUUCACUGCGAAUUCGCACACAAUGUAUGGAAACUUGCACCUUUCUCUACUUGUGUUGAUGUUAGAGGUUUGCUAGAUUUAACCUCAGCUUGGGAGGGACUCUGCUCACGUACAUGCCUCCCACCGGUGGGAAUUGCUUCUGGACCUCUAGCACCUUGGAUUCUAUGGUCUCUAUGGCUUGCUAGAAACAACCGAAUCUUUAAUAAUAAAGACGCUACCCCGGAGGAAGUGAUCACAAAAGCUAUAUCAGCGGCGCAGGAAUGGCUAAGAGAACAACAGACGGAAGCCACAUCAUCUACCAGGCCACCAACACAGCGGCCCCCGGAACCCACAAACGCUACCUUGCUCCACUCGGAUGGGGCUUGGCGUGCAGAUCUACAACUAACGGGACUGGGAUGGACAAUUGGCGGAGGAAACCAGACUGGAUCCUACAUGGCACACUGCCACUUUGUUAACUCCCCACUGAUCGCUGAGGGACUGGCGUUACGGGAAGCCCUCUCCUGCUGCAUCACCAAGGGUAUCCGGUGUGUACUAUGCAAAUCAGACUCUCUACAACUCAUAAGAGCCAUCAAUGAAGAAGUACCCAACUCAGAGAUCUAUGGCAUUGUCUCUGAUAUCUUAAACUUAGUCUAUGCUUUUGAAUUUGUUUCCUUUGUCUGGACUCAACGAUCGGAAAACAAGGCUGCUGAUGCUCUUGCAAAGCAAGCCUUGUUGAACGAAGUCUUUGUAUCCACGAACCGUGUUUUCUAA